CCAGACUCAUUUACCACUAUAAAAGGAUCCCAUUGCACCAUCCAAAGACAAGAAUUCAGUGAUGGCUUUCACAUACUUGCUAGUAUUGUUCCUUGGAGUUGUGGUUGUCACCACUCCCUCCUUCGGUAACUACGAGCCACCCAACUAUGGCAAACAACCAAAGAAGCCAGAACCGAAGUCACCCAAGCCUCCUGUGCAUGAACUUCCAAAGAAGCCUCCAACGUAUAAACCUACGCCAUCAAUCCAUGAACCUCCAAAGAAGCCUCCAAUGUAUAAACCUAAACCACCACUCCAUGAACUUCCAAAGAAGCCACCGAUUCAUGAACCUAAACCACCAAAGCCACCAGUUCACGAACCUCCAAAGAAAGAGAAACCAGAACACAAGCCACCAAUAUAUGAACCUCCUAAGAAACCACCAGUCCGUGAACCUCCAAAGAAGCCUCCAGCGUAUAAACCUAAACCACCAGUUCAUGAACCUCCAAAGAAGCCACCGAUGCAUGAAUCUAAACCACCAAAGCCACCAAUCCACGAACCUCCAAAGAAAGAGAAACCAGAACCCAAGCCACCAGUUUAUGAACAUCCAAAAAAACCACCUUCUGGUCACUAUCCAGGACACCCUCCAUUGGAGAAGCUCCCAUCACCUAGCCAUCCGAAGAACUGAGCCACUUCUAUGGCUAUAUAGAUAGAUCAGUACUUACAAAUAAGAGCGGCGGCCAGCUCGUUCCAUUUUCUUGUAUGCCAUUGUUAUCAUGUAAUGUUUUCUUUGUAUGUUAAUCCUCUUGUUGUUGAAUGAGCAUAUUCUGGUUCAGUUUAUAUGCGAAA